CAAAAAUGUCUUAAAAUCAAAAAAUUCUUUUUUUUAAAAGAAAAGAUUAAAAAAAAUGUUGUCUUGUCUGGCAGAUAUUGUGGUAAUGGGACCAAGGGAAUCCACCUCCAGUAAUCUUGCUGUACACUAAAAUACUAAAAUCCAACACCAAAUUUUAAAAACCGGUUUCUUUUCUUUAAGGCGUGCUUUGUUUGAUCAUUCUCACAAAGAUUAAAGCAAAAAAGUGUUGUUUGUACAGAUACCCACACUACUAAAGUUGCAAAACCCCAUCUUUAUUCUUUUUUCCAUUUUUAUUUUUUUGGGUUUUCCAAAACAUUUUCUGGGUUUUCCAAUUUUUUGGGUUCCCUUGAUUCUUAACAUUCAAGCUUCCUCAAUCCUCAAGGUGAGUUCUUUAAUACCCAAAAGGGGGUAAAUUAGUAAAUGUUUUUAAUGGCUAAUUUAUGUUCUUGUUUGUUAUAAGUCAAUUAGUUGGUGGGAGUUUUCUAUUAAUGGGUUUGGUUGGUUGAAUUUUAUACUAGAUUUGGUUGGAACUUGUUACACAUAACCUUGAUGAAUUGAUGCUCAGCUGAAAUUCCCAGGAAAUUUUUUUAAUUUUAUUAAUAAAUUUGUAGAAUUUUGUAUUUAUUGCUGGAAUCAGAAAUUGGGUUUAAUUUUCUGAGAAUUUUCUGUUGGUGGAAGUGAUGUCUGAAGUAAAAGUGAACAGAAAAAUCAGGAAUGUACCAAUUGCUGUAACUCCUGAGGGUUUCUGGUGUUGUCCUUCACCUGUUGUUUUCCAAAAGAAUCUUAAAACUCAAACACCCUUAAACAAAACCAAACCACCACAUCCACCUUCAUCACCACCACCACCACCACAACCACAACCACCACCACCACCACCACAACCACCAUCAAGGGGUGGUUCUGUUCAGAGGAAACAUCCACAUCCACAUUCACAUGAGUCUUUAGAUGAUCAAAAGAGUGUCAAUAAUGGUACUAAUAAUGUGGCUUCUGCUAUUGGAGUUGAGAGAACACCAUCUAGGAAUAAUAAUAAAGGUGAUAAUUUGCCUAAAAAAGUUUCAAUUGAGUUUGGUGAAUCUGGAACUAGUGAUAUGAAGGUUGUGUUAUAUGGAAAACAUGGAUUUUCAGUGAAGUUGAAUGUUCAUAAAGAUGUUCUUGUGGAGAAUAGUAGUUUCUUUGCUCAGAGAUUGGCUGAGCAAGAAUCUGAUGUUGCAUCACUUCAAAUUUUGGAUUGUGAAGAUGUUGAAGUUUAUGUUGAAACUGUUGGUUUGAUGUAUUCUAAAGAUAUGAAGCAAAGGCUUCUCAAGCAAAGCGUUCAACGUGUGCUUCGAAUCCUCAAGGUUGCUGAAGUAAUUGUGUUUAACUCAUGUAUCAAAGCGUGUUUAGACUACCUAGAAGCGGCCCCUUGGGUCGGGGAGGAAGAAGAAGAGAAAGUGGUUUCUUCAGUUCUUAGACUUCAGACUAGUGAGGGCGGAGUUGGCGUUGGUGUAAAUCCAGUCCUGAAACGAAUCUCUUCUAACGUCUCAACAAGACCUCCAAAAGACACACUAUCUCACAUAAUGGAACUCGUUCUUAAAAGUAACGAAGACCGAGGUCGACGUGAAAUGAAAUCAAUCGUUCUUAAACUUCUUAGGGAAAACAACAACAAAAGCUCGGAUUCUGAUAGUGAUCCUGAUAUCUGUUACCAAACAAUCUAUUCUUCAUGCAGAAGCUGCAUGGAUUCAUUGAUAACCCAUUUUAAACGGGCCACCGAGCCCGAAUUUGAUGGCGGGCGGGCUAUGGACUGCCAUGACCCAAUCGCCAAGCAAAUUGCACUUGAUGCAGAUAACCUUGCAUGGUUGCUGGAGAUUUUGGCGGAAAGACAGGUGGCAGACGAGUUUGCAAUCAUGUGGGUCCGCCAACAGGAGUUGGCGGGCUUACACCAUAAACUUCCUGCUAUGAUUCGGUAUCACGUUAGCUGCAUUACAGCGAGAUUGUUUGUCGGGAUUGGUAGGGGCGAACUGCUUCCGUCGAAGGACACACGUCAUAUGUUACUGAAAACGUGGCUCGAGCCGUUGACCAAUGACUACAGUUGGCUGAACCACGGGUGCAGGACGUUCGACCGGAAGGUGGUCGAGGAAGGGAUUGGGAGGACUAUCUUGACUUUGCCCCUAGAGGAACAGCAGAGUAUUCUGCUGUCUUGGUUGAGCAAUUUUCUAAAAAGUGGGGAUAAUUGCCCGAAUCUUCAGAGGGCAUUCGAGGUUUGGUGGCGGAGGACCUUCAUUAGGCCAUAUGCUGAAAGUCGGGCCGGGUCGGGCUUUAGCACAAACUCAUGUCUAAACCCAUGAAAUUGGUGCGGGCUUUUCGGGCCAAAUGGAUUUUUUUGGACUUUGGUCUAAAAUGUGUAUUUGAGGCUCCUCAAACCCCGUCCUUUAACGGGCCGGGCCGGGCCAUAGUUGAUCAGGUCUAAUAUUUAGGCCAUAUGCUGAGCCACGACUAAAUCGAGACUAGUCGGAUAACUCGAUGAUGACUUCAUAGGGUGUAGAGUAGAAUAAUUCAUGCAGGUAUUGUACAAGGCUUAUUGUGUUUUUGGUUUCAAGAGUGGUUUCUUAACUUGAUAAAUGGAGUGGUAUUGUGUUGUAAAUCUGCUUAAUUAGAAUGCUUGUGUCUGUAACUUCUUGUAAGCCUGUAUUUCUGGAUUAAGCAUUUUGGUUCUUCAAGUAUUACUAAGACGAAGAAUCAAAGAACGGAAAUUCGUGUUGUUGUACAGGAGGAACUUGCUGUAAACAUAAAGUAAAUUGGGUUUUUUUGAAACAUAGUAAUGUAAUGUAACAGUUUCUAUUC